GUACCGAAUCUAAGCAAAACAUUGAGAGCAAAUAUUCCGAAACAAUCUCAUCAAUUUAUUUCUAAUGAUGUACAUAAAUCAUAUGUACAUGGUAUACAGCCAAGUUUUGAUCAUAAACGUCAACAGAAGAUUUCCGAAAAAUCAUUGCAUACGAAAUAUUCCCAUUUCCAUCAUAAGUCACCAUUAUCACCUGAAAUUAACUCAUCAAUGUAUUCAUAUCAGCAAUCACGUCAAACAAUUGGACCACAAUAUCAACUUUUACCACCUUCACGUGCUGAAUAUCGACCACCACCAGGACAACUUUAUCCAAAGUAUCAUUUGUCAUCAUUAUCACCGUUGUCGAACGAUCGAUUAAGUAAUCUUCAACAACGAGAUUAUCACGAAUCAUCCCAGAAAUUGCAUUCAAUAUCGGAAUCUCAUGAAAAACUUCAACAUCAUGUACGACGACAAGAUGAAAAUCGAUUGCCAGUAAAUUGGGAACACACAACAACAGAAUCUCAAAUAAAAUCUCAUUAUCGUCCGGAAUAUAGGCCUGUUUCGAGAGAUCAAUUAGAGGAGCACGGCUUAACCGCACAACAUAACCCAGAAUAUCAGAAUCCCACAGUUAGACCGGAUUCCGAAUCUAUUGCAAUGACCACUGCUGCAACAUCAUUUAACCGACAACGAUUCAAACAAUCGACAAUUUCACCACCGUAUGAGCAUGAUGCUCAUCAUCGUUCACGAUAUCCGGAUCGUGAAGGAAUACGUUAUCGAGAACGACCAGAGCCAAAUCGAGCGCAUUCCGGUUUGUCACCGCAUAGUCUUCAUGCUAAAGAUCUUGUUCUUCAUCUCAUAGCAUUAAAUACGCCAAUGAAUGGUAAUAUGCGUGGCGUACGUGGUGCUGAUUUAGCAUGCUAUCAGCAAGCUCGACAAGCUAGCUUCCGUACCACUUUUCGGGCAUUCCUUUCAUCACAUGUUCAGGAUGUAAAUAAAGUGGUAUAUAGCGGUGAUCGAGAUACACCGAUAGUUAAUCUCCGCGGUGAGCGAUUAUUCGAUUCCUGGGGUGAUAUAUUCCAGCAACGACAUAUGGCUGAUGUUCCCAUUUACUCAUUCAAUCGUCGAAAUGUUUUCGUUGAUUCAACUUGGCCUGAAAAACGUGUAUGGCAUGGUUCGGAUUUAUUUGGUAUGCGUGGUGAUUCUGGUUACUGUAGUGAAUGGGGAUCAGCAGCAUCAUCUGAAGUAGGACGAUCAUCAAUUAUCGGGCGUGGUUUACCGUUAUUACGUGAUAGCGGUGAUUCCAAUUGUUCACGUGAAUUAAUAGUACUUUGCAUUGAGAAUAUGAGCAAAUACAAUGUAGAAAGACGAUUGGGUAAGAAGAGAGCAUAUUUUGAUGAUUAA